GGCAAGCACUCUACCGUUAAGCCACAUUCCCAGACCUUAUGCUGCACUCUUAAGUAAAGGUCUAUAUGGCAUUAUUACCAUAUAGGAAGGAAGACUGGUAUAGAAGGCGUGGGACUGGGCAUGUGCUUAGAUAAUGCCUAUCUUCUCUUAUCAUCAAGAUUGUCCUUAACUUGAGGUCUCGUAACUGUGCCGCAUGUUGUGUCUGGCUCAGGCAGGACUCCUUUAUGUAUAGUUAUGCUCUGUAGCAUUCUGUUUACCUAUAUCUGAGAUUGAAAAGGAUAUGUAUAAAUGCUUGUUUUUUUUUAAAAUACCUAUUUACAGCUUAUUUCCUGGAAGUUUUGAGAAGAGAAAAAUAGUUAUUAAAAUGAAUAGUGAAAAAGUCACUGCCUCAAUUGGACUCUGCUUUUGGUAUGUAGGUCAUAGAGCCUAAGGCAGUGGGAGGGUCUGAGAUGUGACAGGUGCACAGUCAGAUGCAGUGAGUGUGCUUCCUGGGAUUUCCUGUCUGUCCCUGGUGGUGAUGAAGCCAGCACCAUCUCUCACUCACCUCUGGUGGAGCAGCCGCACAUCUGAGUGUGCAUUGGUAGAGCCAACGCACCUCAACAUUGCUGCUCUCUAUCCCAUGCCUUGACAUUUAAAAAUUUAAAGUACAGGAUGGAGAUAGAAAGUGAGAGUAGCACUUCAGGGGAUGACAGUGUCUUUUGGUUGGAUUCUGAAAUUAUGACCCAGCUGACUGAUGGUGAAGAGGGAGAAGGGGAAGAUAAUUUCAGGAAGAUGAAGUCUUCAAUACAUUCUGAAGAGGAUGAUUUUGUUCCUGAACUACAUAGAAAUGUUCACCCUCGAGAGCGUCCUGAUUGGGAAGAAACACUUAGUGCAAUGGCAAGAGGAGCAGAUGUCCCAGAGAUUCCUGGAGAUCUUACUCUUAAGACAUGUAGCAAUACUGCGAGUAUGAAGGUUAAUAAACAUGUGAAAAAGUCCACCACACCAGGACUGAUGGGCUGUGACAACAUUCACAGGUUGCCAUUCACGAAGGGUCACUUUCCAAAGAUGGCGGAAUGUGCACAUUUUCAUUAUGAGAACGUUGAAUUUGGCAGCAUACAGCUUUCACUUUCAGAAGAACAAAAUGAAGUAAUGAAAAAUGGCUGUGAAUCUAAAGAGCUGGUCUACCUCGUGCAGAUUGCUUGCCAGGGCAAAAGUUGGAUUGUUAAAAGAAGUUAUGAAGAUUUUCGAGUACUUGAUAAACAUCUUCAUCUCUGUAUUUAUGACCGACGGUUUUCCCAGCUCUCAGAGCUUCCUCGGUCUGACAGCCUGAAGGAGAGUCCAGAGUCGGUCACUCAGAUGCUCAUGGCUUACCUGUCACGCCUUUCAGCUAUUGCUGGCAACAAGAUCAACUGUGGACCUGCCCUUACCUGGAUGGAGAUUGAUAACAAGGGGAACCAUCUUCUAGUUCAUGAGGAGUCAUCCAUCAACACUCCUGCUGUUGGUGCUGCCCAUGUUAUAAAGAGGUAUAUUGCUCGGGCUCCUGAUGAACUGACUUUAGAGGUGGGAGACAUUGUUUCUGUUAUUGACAUGCCCCCUAAAGUAUUAAGUACGUGGUGGAGAGGCAAGCAUGGAUUUCAGGUGGGACUCUUCCCUGGUCAUUGUGUGGAGUUAAUUAACCAGAAAGUUCCCCAGUCAGUGACCAACUCAGUGCCAAAACCAGUAUCUAAAAAGCACGGCAAGCUCAUUACUUUCUUGCGAACAUUCAUGAAGUCUCGUCCAACCAAACAGAAGCUAAAGCAGCGAGGAAUCUUGAAAGAGAGAGUGUUUGGUUGUGACCUCGGGGAACACCUUCUGAAUUCUGGUUUUGAAGUGCCCCAGGUUCUUCAAAGUUGCACAGCAUUCAUUGAGAGAUAUGGCAUUGUGGAUGGAAUAUAUCGUCUUUCUGGGGUUGCCUCUAAUAUCCAGAGACUACGCCAUGAAUUUGACUCUGAGCAUGUUCCCGACCUGACGAAAGAACCUUACGUUCAAGACAUUCAUUCUGUGGGCUCCCUCUGUAAGCUGUACUUCCGAGAACUCCCAAACCCUUUGCUCACCUACCAGCUGUAUGAGAAAUUUUCUGAUGCCGUUUCAGCAGCAACAGACGAAGAAAGGCUGAUAAAAAUUCAUGAUGUUAUCCAGCAGCUCCCUCCACCACACUACAGAACCUUGGAGUUCCUGAUGAGACACUUGUCUCUUCUAGCUGACUAUUGUUCUAUCACAAAUAUGCAUGCAAAAAACCUAGCUAUCGUCUGGGCUCCAAACCUGCUCAGAUCAAAACAGAUAGAAUCGGCCUGCUUCAGUGGGACAGCAGCUUUCAUGGAAGUGAGAAUUCAGUCUGUAGUUGUUGAAUUCAUCCUCAAUCAUGUAGAUGUGCUCUUCAGUGGCAAAAUCAGUACGGUCAUGCAGGAAGGGGCAGCUUCUCUGUCAAGGCCCAAGUCUCUGCUGGUAUCCUCUCCAUCGACCAAGCUCCUUUCAUUGGAGGAAGCCCAGGCGCGAACCCAAGCUCAAGUCAACUCUCCAAUUGUGACUGAAAAUAAAUACAUCGAAGUUGGAGAAGGGCCUGCUGCACUUCAAGGGAAAUUUCAUACCAUAAUCGAGUUUCCACUUGAAAGGAAAAGACCUCCUAAUAAAAUGAAAAAAUCUCCUGUGGGCAGCUGGCGUUCUUUUUUCAAUUUGGGGAAGUCGUCAUCCAUCUCUAAAAGGAAGUUGCAGCGUAAUGAGAGUGAGCCCUCAGAGAUGAAAGCCAUGGCUUUGAAAGGUGGCAGGGCAGAAGGAACCCUUCGCUCAGCUAAAAGUGAGGAGUCUCUUACUUCUCUCCACGCAGUUGAUGGUGACUCCAAGCUCUUCCGACCCAGAAGACCCCGGUCUAGCAGUGAUGCGCUGUCUGCCUCUUUCAACGGAGACAUGCUGGGGAACCGCUGUAAUUCCUAUGAUAACCUGCCCCAUGACCACGAGAGUGAGGAAGAAGUGGGGCUGCUCCACAUUCCAGCUCUUGUGUCUCCUCAUUCUGCUGAGGAUGUUGACUUGAGCCCACCAGACAUUGGCGUGGCCAGCCUGGAUUUCGAUCCAAUGUCAUUCCAGUGUAGUCCUCCUAAAGCUGAAUCAGAAUGCCUAGAGAGUGGUGCUUCCUUUUUGGAUUCAUUAGGAUACUCCAAGGAUAAACCCUGUGCCAAUAAAAAGGAUGGGGAAGCAGGUGGUAGCCAGUCUCAUACCCCAGGAAGCACUGCAAGUUCUGAACCUGUCUCUCCAGUGCAGGAGAAACUGAGUCCAUUCUUUACCCUGGAUUUGAGCCCAACUGAAGACAAAUCGUCUAAGCCAUCCACAUUUACUGAAAAAGUUGUCUAUGCUUUCUCUCCAAAGAUAGGACGGAAGUUAAGCAAAUCACCUUCCAUGAACAUAUCUGAGCCAAUUUCAGUGACCCUUCCACCUCGGGUGUCAGAAGUCAUUGGUACUAUGUCAAACACUGCAGCUCAGAAUACAUCGUCUCCAACCUGGGAGAAAAGUGUGGAAGAAAGUGAUGUCUCAAAUAGAUCCCCCACCCAGAUAGUAAAGAUGAAAACAAAUGAGAGAGAGGCCCAAGAAGAAUGUGAACCUAAAGUCCAGCCCCAGGACCAGGUUGCUGCUGAAGAAGUAGAAUUGCCAGGGAAAGAGGAGCAGUCUGUCUCGAGCAGUCAGAGUAAGGCUGUAGCUUCUGGACAGACUCAGACAGGAGCAGUUACCCAUGAUCCCCCUCAGGAUCCUGUUCCUGUCAGUUCAGUCUCUCUUAUCCCACCACCACCGCCUCCGAAAAAUGUCGCCCGAAUGUUGGCACUAGCAUUAGCUGAGUCUGCGCAGCAAGCCUCAACUCAGUCAUUGAAGAGACCAGGGAUUUCUCAGGCUGGGUAUACUAGUUAUGGAGACGUGGCAGUGACUACAGCUGAAGAUAAACUGCCUGGUCCCUACUGUAGUGUUGCUCUAGAUAAGGCCUAUUUCCAAACGGAUCGACCAGCGGAGCAGUUCCACCUCCAGAAUAAUAUACCUGGGCAUUGUGACCAGUCUCUCCCAGAGACAGAAGCUAUUGGAGAUCCCACCCAUCCCAACACAACUGAAUCUGGAGAGCAGCUCCACCAAGUUGACUUGCCAGGAAAUCAGCCACUUCGAAACUAUUUAUCUGGGGACCCAGAAAUGACCAGAAUCACUACAGCUCCCUUAACAGACUCGGAGAAGUCUGAUGAUCCUGUCAGUUUUCCUGAUGACCAGGCUGGAAAGACCAGUAUUCCAACUGUGUCCUUUGUGGAGCAGAAUGAGCCCCCACUCCAUUUCUGCAGUGAUCAGCCCCCCACUUCCCUUGCUGCAAGUAUGGACAAGCCCCAUCAUCCUGCAGAAGUUGCAGACAGAUCUCUAAUGACCUCUAAUCUGCCUAGGGACAAAGUCUACCCUCCUUCUGGGUCCCCUGAAGAGGAUACCAGCACCGCAACCAGGGCUUAUGUGAUGGCAACUACAGCAGCAGCUGAAAUGAGCUCCAAGGAUACGAGCUGGGCUGUGGCUGAACAGCCCAUUGCUGCUGAUUUUGCGUCUGCCACCCUUCAGCGUACACACAGAACUAACCGUCCCCUCCCCCCACCUCCUUCCCAGAGGCCUGCAGAGCAGUUGCCAGUCGUGGGGCAGGUACAAGCAGCACCCAGUAUAGGAUUAAAUAAUUCCCAUAAGGUCCAAGGAAUGGCUCCCACUCCCGAGAGGCCCCCUGAGCCUCGAGCCAUGAGUGACCCUGCACCCCUCUUUGUCAGUGAUGGCAGUGCAGCUGCUCCGUGUCCCAUGACCACAUCUGCUCCGCAGCCAGGCUUGCCUGAGAAAGUGCGGGAUGGUCCUAGGGCCCCGCUGCUCCACAUGCGAGCCGAGUCCUUCCCUGGCCACUCCUGUGGCUUUGCUGCCCCAGUGCCGCCCACAAGGACAGUGGAAAGCAAAAUGGCUGCUGCCAUGCACGCCAACAGUGCAGAUGCCACCAGCAGUUCAAACUACCACUCCUUUCUUGCCGCUUCCUCAGCCUCGGUGGAGGAAGUGUUCCCUUUGCCACUCCCUAUUCCACAACCUAAGCAUGCUUCUCAGAAAAUAGCUUAUUCCUCCUUCUCUAGGCCUGAUGUUGCCCCCGAGCCCUUUGGUCCAGAAAACUGUGUGCAUUUCAAUAUGACUCCAAACUGCCAGUUCCGUCCCUCAAGUGUAUCUCUGCAUCACAACAAGUUGGAGCAGCACCAGGUGUACGGUGCCCGAUCUGAGCCACCAACCUCCAUGGGACCUCAUUAUAACACCUAUGUGGCCCCAGGAAGAAACACAUCUGGACACCACUCCAAGCCAUGCAGCCGGGUUGAGUAUGUUUCUUCUUUAAGCUCCUCUGUUAGGGGUGCUUGUUACCCUGAAGAUAUUCCACCAUACCCUACCAUCCGGAGGGUGCAGUCCCUCCAUGCUCCCCCAUCUUCCAUGAUUCGUUCCGUUCCCAUUUCACGGACAGAAGUUCCCCCAGAUGAUGAACCAGCCUAUUGUCCAAGACCCCUAUACCAGUAUAAGCCAUAUCAGUCCUCCCAGGCCCGCUCAGAUUAUCAUGUAACUCAGCUUCAGCCUUACUUUGAGAAUGGACGUGUCCACUACCGCUAUAGUCCAUAUUCCAGUUCUUCUAGUUCCUAUUAUAGCCCUGAUGGGGCCCUAUGUGAUGUGGAUGCCUACGGCACGGUGCAGUUGAGGCCCCUUCACCGCCUACCCAACCGCGAUUUUGCUUUCUACAAUCCUAGGCUGCAAGGAAAGAAUGUGUACAGCUAUGCUGGUUUGCCCCCACGUCCCCGGGCCAAUGUGACUGGCUAUUUCUCUGGCAAUGACCAUAAUGUAGUCAACAUGCCCCCAGCUGCCGAUGUAAAGCACACCUACACCUCAUGGGAUCUUGAGGACAUGGAAAAAUACCGAAUGCAAUCCAUCCGCAGAGAGAGCCGCACGCGGCAGAAGGUGAAAGGACCUGUUAUGUCUCAGUAUGAUAACAUGACCCCGGCUGUGCAAGAUGACUUGGGAGGGAUCUAUGUCAUCCAUUUGCGUAGUAAAUCCGAUCCUGGGAAAACUGGACUUCUCUCGGUGGCGGAGGGGAAGGAUGGGCGGCACACAGCCAAGGCUGUCAGUCCUGAGGGAGAUGAACGCUUCUACAGGAAACACCCAGAGCCAGAGUUCGAUAGAACCUACCACCAUGGAGCCUACGGCAGUGCGCAGGCAGAAAAACCAUCCCUCCCGCAGAAGCAAGGCAGCCUGAGGAACAGGAAGCUUCAUGACCUGGGUUGUGGCCUCCCAGAGCACAGAGUGCAUCAGGAAGCAAGCCAUAGGCAACUGUGUGAAUCAAAGAAUGGGCCACCUUACCCCCAGACAGCUGGCCAGUUCGAUUAUGGGCCCAAAGGGAUUCCAGAGCCUUCUGAGCCGGGCAGCUACCAUAACUCUGGAGGGAAAUACACCAUGUCAGGGCAGGAGUCUUUAAGACUGAACCACAAAGAGGGGAGGCUCUCCAAAGAGCUAGAGCGACCUCGCACCAGGCAGCCGCCCGCUCCAGAGAAACACUCCAGAGACUGCUACAAGGAGGAGGAACACCUUGCUCAGUCAGCGGUCCCACCCCCUAAACCAGAGCGGAGUCAUAGCCUAAAACUCCAUCACACCCAGAACCUGGAGAGGGACCCCAGCGUGGUGUACCAGUACCAAACACACAGCAAGCGCCAGAACAAUAUGACUGUUGUGUCCCAGUACGACAACCUGGAGGAUUACCACUCUUUGCCUCAGCACCAGCGAGGGGCCUUUGGAGGGGGUGGCAUGGGCGCCUAUGUGUCCUCUGGCUUUGCCCACCCACAGAGCAGGACAUACGCCACUGCGCUGGGGCAAGGUGCCUUCCUGCCCGCAGAGUUGUCUUUACAGCACCCUGACACACAGAUCCAUGCAGAAUGAGCCUGGGGAGCAAUAGAAUUGAAGCAGCCUCUGCUGGACAGUGGACUGUUCUAUUUUUUUUCAAUAACCAAAACAAUUAAAAAAAAAAGCUAUAAAACCUCCGACCAACCACAUUAAAGGAAAAAAAUAAUUAUAGAAAUAAACAAGUCACCAUCUUUCCCCUUCCUGCUUCAUUACCAUCUUUUCCAUCUAUAAACUGUUAUUUUUGUCUUUAAACGAAAUACGAUGAUUGUAAAGCACUGUAUUGAAAAGCUAGUAAGUAAAGAAAUUUGUCACAGACUGUACUUUCCAUACAAGGCUAUUUUGUAAGAGCCAGAGGACUGCCUUUAACUGAUGGAAUAUAACUUUGUCCUUUCAUCUGCACAUUUGCUACCUAGCUCAGAGCAGUUUGCAUCUAUUUCCUGGUGGGCUUCUCCAUUUCCUGUUGUGUUCCUACUUCCCCAUCAGGGGCCGCACAGCUUGCUCAGGUGGACACUCUUUCCAUUAUAUUUCAUUAUCUGUCAGGAAGGGGCUUAUAUGUUAAAUUAGAGUGGAGCAAAAACCCUCAGAUCCUUCAGUUAAAAAAGACAGCUAGUAAUGUGAGAAUUAAGUAAAGGAAUUAGGACUUUAGCCAUUUCACAGCGCUAUGGUAAAAUGCCAGACUUAGAACCGUACUUUGUCUUCUUAUUUCUGUGUGUUGCUUACAGGUUGAUGCACAAGCUCUUAUCACUGUACGAGGUGUUUGGGGCUUUUAAAAAUUACAAUCCAAGUUCUUAUUGUCAGUGGGCUUCAUUACCACCAGAAAACUCUAGCAAGCUUUUCAUGUGCUGCCUUUCUGCAGAUCCCCCACCUCCCACCCCAUGUAAUAAUGUUCUAAUUCCAGUGACACUAUUUGCUCUCCUAAAACAGCAACUCAUUUUCAUUAGGAAAAGAUCAGCAUAGUUGAACUCGAUGAACACAAUUUCUCAUGAAUGUAAAUUUACAAGUUUCUAAACCAGAAUACAGGUUCCCUAGCAUUUCUUAAAGUCACUCUGGAUCAUAGGUUUAAAACCGCAGGUCCCUGCAGUGAGCGCUGAGUGAGCGAGCACACAGCCCCCUCUCACCAGCUGCGAGCGCUGCAGAGCUGCCGCGUGCAUCCCAGGGUGUCCCAUGGUGUGUGCUUCCUGUGUGCCUGUGUGGUCACCCUCUGAGUAUCAUCUACACCAGCAUUUCCAGGAACAGCUCUUUAUAAUUGUAGACAUGUUAAACAUGUUUAAUACCCAAGACUUUCUUUUGAAAGUUGUGACUCCAUUCUGCUUCUCAGCCUGCCCUACCACAAAUACCCCAAACUAGCAAGGCAGUCCUGAAUUUAGAAAAUGAGCUUAGAUUGACAUUUCAUUCCGUCGUGAUAAUACUUGAGUUUUAUAUAUCCAUUCAUAUGUUUUACAUGCUCAGUUUGUAGAAGACACAGGAGGCUUCGUUCCAUAUACUGGAUGGCUUCUGUUGUGGCUUUUUAGAACUUGGAAAUUAUCUUUUAUUUAGAGCAAAGGAGGAGAUCCUUUAGGAAGCUAAAAUCAUGCUGCUAUUCUUGCUGUGAAAUUGUAUAAAGAUUAGAAUUCAUGCCAGUCUUUUUAAUUUAAAAAAGUCAUGUGAUUGCAUUUUAAAGAUUUAUAUUCAGAAAAAGAAAUAAAAGUCUUAAGAACAAGACAUUUAUGUAUGGAAAUACUCUGUAAGGUUUUCUUGUGUUCCCCAGAAUUGACCAGACAGGUGCAAUAAAAGACCAGAGUAGCAAUCUUAAGACAUCAAUAAGUAGAAAGGCCUGUGGAAAUUUAGACAUCUACAUCAGAAAUGUAGACCUAAUUGAUCCAUGGUCAGUGCUGAGAAACCUGCCAGGAAUCUUCCAUCUGGCAGGCAGAUCUAUCAGGUGCUACACACAGGAGUUUCCUCUCUGGUGACUGUAGCAUUCUUCUUUUUUUUACCCUUACCAUCAUCUUUUUGUGUAGUAGGCAGCCCAUUGCCCUUGGAGACCACGCCAGCCCCAAAGGUUCGUACCAGCAGAAUGGAGGUUAGGAAGAGGGGCUAGUGUGACAAGGAGACAGACACGUGGCUUUGGUAACUGACGGCCUGGAGGACCUGGGCCAGUUCGCAUGUUUGUGGAUUUGUCACACACACACACACACACACACACACACACACACACACACACACACACACACACACACUGUUUACUCCUGAAACUGAAGUCUAUUUUAUAAAUACUAAGGUUAACUCAUCAGAACAGUUUCUUUGUUAAUAAUAUCCUAUGGGUUUGGAGCUAUCAGGUAAAUAUUUUGCAUAUAGAAUAAUGAUUCAAAUUGCUGGUGUAAGUGUGAAAUGCAAACUUUAGAUAAAAGUCUAGAGUCACUUAAUGUAUGUAGCAACAGCCUUAACUUUGGAUUCUGCUAUUUGAAAAACUUUGCCUGCAUCUUUCCCUUCCUGAAGUGGGGUAGAAAUUGGAUGGCAAAUCACUGUGAGCCAGGUUACCUCAGCAUCGUUUACUGUGCGUGAGCUUCACCCAUACAGUAAUUGAAUGUUACUCAGAUUCUCAGUGUUGACAUGGAGAAUUAUGACAAGGAAAUGGACCUGCCUUAUGCAUUAAACUCAUGAUUUAAUUCUAUUGGUACUUUUAUAGCCAUGUCUCCAAAUUUUACCAUUUUGGCAAGAUUCUGGUCACACAGUUUGGUUAGAUUGAAAUCUAGAGGUCUGGCUAGGAACUUCGCUAAAAUUCCCAGGGCUGUCAUUUUCCUAUUAAUACAUUUAAUCUGAGCCUUAUUUCUUCACUGUAUUUCCAGUUCCUUUUUAACAUACCUUCACAUAUUUUACCCACUCAGUUUGAAGAAUUCCCUGAGAUGGUCCCAAAGGGAGGGCCUGCGCAUUUCUGAUAAUGGCAAAGCCGUUUUUAAAAUGUAGGGUCAGGUUGAAAAAUUCAAGGCCUAGUUCUGUGUGGAGGGACCAGGAACGUGAGGGGGAGGAGGAGGAGGAGGUUCGCGCUUUGGAAGUAGUAGCUGGUGCAUGCGAUGUAAACUGGAAAUUCACUGCUUUGGUUCAUCAAGGAGCCUGCAAAGUCCAUUUCUCUGUUUCCAGCCCUGUUUGUCACACAUUCGCUACAUUGGCCAAAUAUCACCUGAGCAGAGAGAGAAAGGAAAUAAUGAAAGCAAAAGUAUGUCAGAAAGUUACUUCCAAAUGGUUAGAAGCAUGUGAUUGUCAGUACUGUGUAUUACAGAAAUGUCGGGAAUGAUGUAUUUUAAUGUGUGCAAGAUAAUGUUGGUGUGCACAGAGGGUCUUUUUUUUCUCCUUAUCUGAUUAGUACUGUUAAUGUUCAAAGAAUUUUUUUUAAUGGUUGUUUUACAGUUUAGAUUCUGAGAUAGCAAAACCUGAUUUUUCAACCAUGACCUGCAUGAGAGAAGCAUCUUAGGAAGUCUUAGAUCAUACUUUUUGAGUUUUUAAUUUAUAUAGUGUAUUUUUUAUGUUUUAAUAUUUUUGUGAACUGGUGUAAAUUGUUAAUGCAUAUAAGCCUGUGUAUUUUUGUAAAUAGUUUUGUGAUUUAUUUCUUGUAAAUAUUUAGAGUUUCAUUUCUUCCAAAUUAUUGAAACUGACUUGUGGGGUUGGGGUUUUGUUUGUUUCCUUGUUUGUUUGGCUUGGGGGGUGGGGGGUGGGGAGAAGGGAUUUUUGUACUUGGAGAUGGAGAUAUCUCGUGGUUUAAAGCAAAUGUCCCACUGGUCAAAUAUCAACAGAACUAUUUCAGGUUAAAACAGACUUUUUGUGUAUGCGUUUCCUUUUUUGACCUGAUAUGAAUUAUAAUGAGAUAAUUGGUUUGGGGAUAUUUUCAUCGGAAGACAAGUGUUUACAUACAACACAGCCUGUUACACCAAAUG